AUGCGACUACCGAAAGGUUUGCUCGUGGGCCUUUGGCCAUGGGCCGUCAACGACGCCCAAACGCCCGAGGCACUCCCACCUUCAACUCCCAUACCUGCUUCAAGCAAACUCUCAUUUACACUCCGCCAUAUCCAUGGUCACCGUGGCUCUCAAGUCGCCCUCAAGGAUAUCUCUCCAUCAGACCUCGUUAGAAUUCAAACCUCCAAUCCAGAUUAUCAAACUACAUUUGAUAUACCACCCGUCAGAGUCAAGACGUACAAGCCACGCGAGCAAGCCCAAUUUUUCCGCGUUCGUGAAGCGAGUGUGCGCCGAGCGUGGAUGCAGCGGCGAGGAUUCCCUAUCAGUGUGCUGGACAAAGAAGAAGUCGUCGUCUGGGACGAGUGGGAAGUUCCGGGUCCAAACACAGGCGACCGCGAGACGCUGCGGACCUUGGCUAAGAUGACGUGGAACGCAUAUAUCCCGCCUGAUGAUGGGCAGUGGUAUGACCUAGGGGAAGACUGGGGCACAACCAUGCCCUUUGGUUGGGAACCAGACGCAGAUGGACUUCGAGGACACGUAUUUGUCACGAACAAUAAUGAUACUGUCGUCGUUUCCAUCAAAGGCACAUCUGCGGGUGCCUUUGGGGGUGGAGGGCCGACUGUAGGUAACGACAAGUUAAACGACAACUUGUUGUUCAGUUGCUGUUGUGCUCGUGUUGGUCCGACCUGGUCACCCGUUUGCGGGUGCUUUGGUGGACGAAAUCGGUGCGAUGAGAAUUGCGUCCAAGAGGCACUCGCAAACGAUAGCCUUUUCUACCCUGUUGGCACGAACUUGUACAACAACAUUACAUACAUGUAUCCAAACGCCAACAUCUGGUUCACCGGUCAUAGUCUUGGGGGAUCGCUCUCUGGACUCUUGGGCGUGACAUUUGGGUCGCCCGUGGUCUCAUUCGAAUCCCCAGGAGACCGUAUGCCCGCUAGGCGCUUGCACCUUCCCAAACCUCCGGACCUACAGCAUAUUACCCACAUAUUUCACACUGCAGAUCCUAUUCCGAUGGGAACAUGCAAUGGUGUCCUCUCUUCGUGUGCCAUCGCAGGAUUUGCGAUGGAAAGCCGGUGUCACGUCGGAAAGAAGCGGCUUUAUGAUACAGUCUCGAGAUAUGGUUGGAGUCAGGACGUACGCACACAUCGUAUAGGUGUCAUCAUCGACAAGCUGCUUGCUGAAGACUGGGAAGAGGGUAAACCUGUUCCAGAUGAGACAUCAGACGGAGAGGACUGUGAGCAACAAGAAUGCUACAGCUGGGAAUAUGGUGACUUCAACCUCUCGCUUGCUUCUCCUUAG